CCUUAGUAAAUAUGAAGACUGCUGCUACUGUUUUCCCUACAGUUCUGGUGCUACUGCUGCUAUCCUUUCAGACCCCUUCUGCACUGGCUGCCAGAAAGUCUUAUGUGGUGUACCUUGGGAGGAAUUCCCAUGGAGUAUCCAAGGGAACGGUUCUGAAUGGAGUUGAGAUGAGCAGGACCUACCACAAGUUGUUGGCUUCUUGCAUGAAAAGCAAGGAGAAGGCAAAACAAGCCAUAUUCUAUUCAUAUUCUAGCCACAUCAAUGGCUUUGCAGCUAUUCUUGAAGAUGAAGAAGUUGAACAACUUUCAAGUCACCCUGAGGUUGUCUUGGUGUCUCCGAAUGAUGAGUACGAGCUGCAAACCACAAGGACAUGGGAAUUCAUGGGUCUCGAGGAAAGUGGCGGGCAUGUCCCAGACGAUUCGAUUUGGAAGAAAGCAAGGUUCGGCGAAGACGUCAUCAUCGGCAAUCUCGAUACUGGGGUGUGGCCAGAGUCACCAAGCUUUGACUGCAGUGACACCAUGGGUGACAUUCCAUCCAGGUGGAAAGGUAGCUGUGAUACCAGUGAUGGAUUCAAAUGCAACAAGAAGCUCAUCGGAGCAAAAUAUUUCAACAAGGGCUUCUCUGCCGCAGCAGCAACAACAGGGCGAGUAGUACCCAACCUCACCGCUGCCGACGAUGCCUCGGUAACUUCCUCGGCACGAGACGAAGCGGGCCACGGCUCACACACCCUCUCCACGGCGGGCGGCUGCUUCGUCCCUAACGCCAACUUACUCGGAUCGGCCAAUGGCACGGCCAAAGGCGGCUCCCCCAAGGCCAGGCUCGCCACCUACAAGGUCUGCUGGCCGAGCUGCUACGCCGCGGAUAUAACAGCUGCGUUCGACGCUGCGAUUCAAGAUGGAGUAGAUAUACUCUCGCUUUCCCUUGGGAGCAGCGGGGCUAGGGAGUACAGCUCCGACAGCAUUGCCAUCGGUGCGUUCCACGCAGUGAGGAAUGGGAUCACCGUCGUGUGCUCGGCGGGGAACUCUGGACCGUAUGCUUCGACCGUGACGAAUGUGGCGCCGUGGAUCUUGACGGUGGGAGCUAGUACGGUUGAUCGGAGGUUUGUGUCCAGUGUCACGCUUGGGAACGGGGAGCAAUACAAGGGCUUCAGCUUCCAUACCAACACCUCACCGGCUAAACAGUUCUAUCCACUAAUCCGUGGGGUGGAUGCCAAGUCUGCAGAUGCUGACGACAGUGACGCAAAGUAUUGCUUCCCUGAGGCACUCGACUCGAGCAAAGUGAAAGGCAAGGUUGUGUUCUGCAUGCGCGGUGGCUCGGACGUGGAGAAGAGCCAGGGGAUUUCUCAAGCCGGAGGGGUUGGAGUGAUUCUAGCAAACUCAUUCUCCACUUCCAUUUCUCCUCAAGCUCACUUCGUGCCUACUUCAAUGGUCUCCAAACAAGAUAGUGAUUCCAUUGCAUCCUACAUAUCCACCACACAGUCUCCUGAAGCUUAUCUAAGUGGUGAAACUGAAAUUGGUGAAGUAGUAGCACCUGUCAUGGCUUCCUUUUCAUCUGUUGGACCCAACAGACUCACUUCAGAGAUCCUCAAGCCUGAUAUAACGGCGCCUGGAAUGUACAUACUAGCUGCAUACACAGAAUCAGUCGGGCCAACUGGUGGUGGAGACAAUCGUCGUCUCCCUUUCAACAUCAUAUCAGGAACAUCCAUGUCGUGCCCCCACGUUACUGGCAUUGCAGGGCUUCUGAAGACCAUCCACCCUGACUGGAGUCCUGCUGCAAUCAGAUCAGCAAUCAUGACCACCGCUACAACAACAAGCAACAAGGGAGAGGCAAUCCUGACAUCAUCAGGAAGCAAUGCAACCCCCUUCAACUACGGAGCGGGACAUGUCCAACCCAACAAAGCAAUGGAUCCAGGCUUGGUGUAUGAUUUGAAUCUCACAGAUCACCUCAACUUCUUGUGCUACAUUGGCUACAGUUCUACACAAAUCUCGAUGUUCUAUGACAAGUCGUACCAAUGCCCAGCAAAGAGCAACACAAGUCUAUCGAGUAUCAACUACCCAUCCAUCACGGUCACUGAGCUAUCAGGAGAAAUCACGCUGACUCGAACCCUUAAGAACGUAGGAACACCAGGUACGUACACUGCUACAGUCAGAGCACCGACGGGAAUAUCGAUCGGGGUUGAACCGGAAACAUUGAAAUUUGAGAAAUCAAAUGAGGAAAAGAGCUUCCAGAUUACAUUGAAGCCCGAGGAAACUGCAGGGAGUGAGUAUGUGUUUGGGCAGCUUACUUGGUCGGAUGGGGUGCAUAAUGUUACAAGUCCGAUUACUGUAAGCAGGGCAGAAAACAGAGUCCAACUAAUGUAAACUCUCUUUGUAUCUAUGUACCUUUUCUACUGUAAGUACAAUUACUAGUGUGGUAAUCACUCUCCAUCUCUUAUCCAAUCGGCUCAGUUAAUUGAUCUCGUCAACUCUUUUCUACACGCUACUUACAAUCUUGAAGCAUACUAUUCAUUGUAGACAGUUCCUGUCUAGCAAAAAUUUACCAUGACGAUCCAACACAGACUCCAAAAUGCCAUCAGGCUCUAUUUGAUUUUCCAACAUCAAUCUACAAACAAGGCCAGCCGCAGCUGCAUCUCCAACAUGCAAGUAUCCACAUAGAAGAGCUGUGUAUGCCGUCGCGUCGGGUUGUAGCCCUCUAUCAAUCAUCUCUUUGAAAAAUUUCAUAGCACCCUUCAUAUCAUUUUCUUUGCAGCGUGCGUCUAUCAAAACAGUAUACAUAACAGGAUCAGGCUCCACAUCCAUUAGUUUACCAUACAAGAAAGGUCCUACUACAGCAUUGCUGUUGUUGAUUUCCCUAUUCCUACUUCUCUUGCACCUUAUUUCCUUCAAUUCCCCCUUCAGCAAAACUGUAUAAGUGAUAACAUCUGGUUCAACCCCUUUGGCCUCCAUAUCAUGGAAAAGAUUGACGGCCUCCUUCAAGUGAUCGAUACUGCAAUACAGAUUCAUUAUCGUUGUGUACGUCACCACAUCCGGGUUAAUCCCAUUUGCCUUCAUUUCAUUGAAUAAUUCUAGGGCCUUUCUUAUUUCUCCAGCACGCAAAAGCAUGUUUAUGACUCUGCUGCACACAAUAUUCGAGUAAUUAGCCCUUAGCUCUAAUACCUUCUUAACCAGUUGAAUACACUUCUUGAUAUCAUGUUCCAAACUGGAAAGCAGCUUCAAGCAAGAACGUUUCCUCAGUAUGUGCCCUUUUUCAACCAGAUAAAUAAAAAGAGCAAAGGCCUUAUCUGACCUUUUUUCUGAACAGUAAGCAUUCACCAUGCUACAAUAGAUAUCCAAGCUCGGGUUUUCCAGUGCGGCUAAAAAAGCUUCUGCAUCUUCCAAUUUUCCUUCUGUGGCUAGCCCUUCAAUAAUGACACUGUAUGUCCCAUUGUUAGGUUCAAUACCAGAGUCCUUCAUGUAAUUUAACAAGUACUUCACUUCUUGAGUAAAACCCAAUCUGGCCAAACCAGAAGCAAGUACAUUAUAAAGGACGACAUCGGGGGUAAUCCCAUUCCGCUUCAUUUCUUCGAAUAAUUUCAUGGCCUCGUCAAGUUUACCUUCGUCACAGUAACCACUAAAGACAGUUGUAUAGUUAAUGACAUCAGGAUGCACAUGAUUAACUUUCAUCUUGGUCAGCAGUGCAGCAGCCACUUCCACCUUCCCCAACUUGCAAAACCCCUUCAUCACCAUAUUGUAGCAAAACUUAUCGAGGUAAACAUCGGCAUUCUUAUACCUCCUGAACAAGCUCACGACUUUAGAGAACUCACCUGCUUGACAACAGCCCUGAAGAAUCAAGCCAACAACCACAGAAUUCGUUCUCAACCCUCUGGACAACAUCUCCUCUUGAAGAUCUACAGCAGCAUCUAGAUUCCCAUCCCUGCACAGCCCACGAAUCACAGCUGAAUAAGCAAACUCAUCAACCGGAACCUUAGCUUCUAAAAAACAUCGAAGCGCUUGAUGACCUGAAUCGGAGCUAUGAUGCUUACACAACCCUUGGAUGUAAGUGGAGCAGGUAAAAGCAUUCGGAGUCAUCCCACAUUUCUCCAUUUCCAGAAGAACAUCCAAUGCUUCCUUCAACCAACCUUUUUCACAGAAUGCCUUAACAAUAAAUCCAUAAAUAUGAUGAUUAAGCUGCAAUCCAAUGCGGUCCUCCAGCUCCAUAUAAAUGGCCAGAGCAGAAUCGACCUCACCACACUCAAUCAAACGGUUCAUGAGAAAUUCACAU